AUGUCGAUGAAGUUUAUGCAGCAAAUGUCGAGUGAGAUCGCAAUUCUCGACCAGCGAUUGCAUCGUUUAGGGAUUGAAAAAUUCUUGCAGAAUAGUAUAGAGGAAGCUAGUGCUCAAGUAAGCUACAGUGUGCGUGAUAUUCGCUCGACAGUGCGACGUCUGGACAAGGUGUUCCACGAAGUAGCCUCAGGCGAUAAGCAACGCCAUCUAGCGGCUACGAAGAUAUCGAUGACGUGUCGAGGCUUUGUAGUCCGUCGUAGAUACCAGAAAUUGCAGGCUGCUCUUGGAGGAUGGCGCUCUCGAAAGAGCAUCCUCUUUCUCACAUACAUGGAGGAAUUCGCAGCACGCGAAGAGUUUGUUAACAAACAGAUUAACAUCAUGCAAGAAGAGCGAACUCGGUUUUUCUUGCGUCGUGUGCUGGCUGAAAUACGCGAUGUCGUACUCAUGAACUUGCCGGUGAAGAUGGCAAGGCUCGAAGAAACGGAGCGUCGUUUCCGAGAGAGACAAUGCAAUUUGUUGAAAUACGUAUUCCUACCAUGGAAAUCGGCAGCUUUAGGCCCACGAAGUCGAAAGAGAGCUUCAGCUGAUGCCAGAGCACGCCACUACGCCGCAAGACAACGCCUAGAAGCGAUGGAACGAUUCGAUCUCAUCACCCAGGAAAUGGUCCAUGAAGAGUUCCUCAAAGACAACAUCCGUCGAAUUCGUACUCGACACCCAAUGCACGUACUCAAACGCUACUUCCACCUGAUGAAGGGCAUAGUAUUCGUCCCUUUGAAGAGGAAUAUGGAUGUUGCGAUAGCCCACGAUCAUCGGAAAGCCCUCAAACGCGUCAUGGACGAAUGGGUGAAGAUUUUUCGAGCAACUCAAAUUGACAAAGCCAUCGCAAGCGCAGUUGAACAACGCACUCUUGAACGAUACGAUCAGCACUUUAACCUUCGCAAGAUCGAUGCUCACUACCGACGAACACACAUGCUCAAGCAUCUACGUGCCUGGUUUAAGCAUUGCCAGCUUAUCCGUCGUGUACGACGGCUGUUUGAGGGAAGCACGGAGGAAACGCUGAACUGGCUCAUGAAACGCUGGCGCGUUCGAGCUCAAUAUCAACACGCUUUACGGGAAAAUACUGUGGAGGAAUGGCACGCGUACUCACGGCGUAUAUAUACGAUUCCGUUUCGACGAUGGUAUGUUUUCAUGGCUCGCAGACGCGCUGCACGGGCGGCAAAGGAGAGCAUUUGUGUUGCUUACGAGCGUCGCCAACGACGUCAUAUCAAGUACAAUUUCUUUAGGUUGUGGAAGCAUCAAGUGUUGUUCGGCCACAUCGAAGGCUUGCAUUCCAAAGUUCAUUUAUUACGCAGUCUUGAGGACCAGAAGCGUAUGUGUAUCGGGCUGGAAGCCAAUGCAGCGCUAUAUCGAGAUAAUAUAGCAGCAUUGCAAGCGUCAAUCGUGCAGCUAGAAGACAAACUCAAGGAGAAGCAGCAAGAACUUGCUCAAUUACACGAGACUACACAAGCUACACGUUUCGGUAUUCACCAGGCUGAACAGAGUAUCGCUCGUGUGCAGGGUAUGCUUGAAGCAGUAAGAAUUGUCCAUCCUGGCACAGUGGAGCGCAUCGAGACCAUGUACAGAGACAACCCGCUGCUCUCGAAAGACCUUAAAGACGUCAUCACACUGCACGCUAACAAGAGACGCGAACUUUUAUCGAAGAUUGAGCUGGAUCGAACGGAACUGGAGGUGCAGAAUGCUUCAAAGGGAGCUGGAACACAAGAAGACCAAAUGCUCUUGCAUAGAGUCAAAUGGGUUCUCUCGCGCUUAGAUCUGGGUAUGCACGAACAAAAGAGCAGCAACCAACACGACACGAGAAUGGCCGGUAAUAAUCGCAUGGAGACUAUGAAUCAACUCUGUGCUUUGUUCGAGUUUAUCCGCAAUGGGGACACUGCGCUGCUAGCUCCGGUAAAUAAUCCAGAACAUCGUGAACAAGUGCAACACAGCGAGCCUUUUGGCUCCAUGUUGCAUAUUGGUAACUCCGACGAUGGAACUGUUCAUCGAGCAGAUAUCAUGGAUGAUUCCAACACGUGGCACUCGUUCUUGCAGUCGUUGACGAUCAAAUUCGUUCCAGAUAAUCUGCUGUCAGUCAAGGAGCGACUGGUGCGCCGUGCCACUCAAAUGGAUGCCGAGAUCGCUGAGAUCAAAGCGAACCCGCAACUCCAUCAUCUCUACAGGUAA